UUCACUGAACAAUCCAAGCAAAAAUUCGACGGGAUUUUUCAGCUUUUCCGGUGAUCUCCAUGGCAUCUCGAUACUACCUAUGUGCUCUCGCAACCCUUGUGCCUUUCUCCGAUCUAGGUUCAGAAACAUAUCCCGACGUGCAAUUGGAACUCCGGCGAAUCUUUGCAGGCAGCGAUUCCAUCCGGCGAAAUUCUAAUCGAGUCCGCCUCCGCCGAAGGUGAAUCCCUAAAUCGUUUUCCAAUUGUAACAGCUCCUGAACGAGAACAUCCCGAUCACAGUAUGAUUGAUCACACGGAUCUGCUCAAGCUUUGAUCUGAAUCUACUGCGUUUGUUGGCUGACAGAGGAGAAGAGAAUCAAAAUGUUCUCGAGUACUUUAAUUUCCAUUUGCGUGCAGCUGAAUCAACCAUUGCCUAGUCGCUUGAUGCUCUGAUCAUAGUUUUGAUGCUACGACUUCACAUUUUCGUUUGCUUACCAAAUUCCACACUCCAUCUGUUCGAUUAAAUUCCGAGAUAGCCAUCGAAAUCGUUUCUCCUUUGUACGUACUCUUUGUCAUGAUUAGUGAAUAUCCAGAACACAGCUCAUCAAUCACUUUUUCUGUUCUCUGGUGUUUACCACAUUGUUCUGAAAUGCUCAGGCCUAGUACAGGCGAAGAAGAACUGUAGCAGAGAUGGAGACAGGUCGGUGGAGGGGAAGGAGAUUAGGCGGUCCCGAACAAGGCCAUCUAGGGCUUGACGAAUACCAACCGCAGGGGUGGAGACAGCUGUGAAGAUGCGUGCGUUGCGCUCCCUCCAGAUAAGAUAUGAAAGUGAUUGUAGUAUGAGCUUUAUGACUGGCGAGGCCUUCGGACCAAGACGUUCGCGAGAGAUCAAAGCAGCAGCAGAGUGAAUAUCUGAUGGGGUAUCAGGCAAGAUUGCCUGUGCAAAGUGCAACCAUAUGCUGGAAAAGUAGUCACAUUCGAAGAAGAGGUGAUGGUGAGUUUCAGUACCCGUUGAGCACAACACACACUCAGGAGGAACAUUUAGUCCCCAGCGUCUGAGGCGAUCUCGUGUAGGUAAUCUCCGCAAGAGGAUCAACCAAGUUUUGUGUAGUAGCUUCUCCACUAUUCUGAUGAUUCCAGGUAUGGGUGAUUCCAGUGGACAAACUCGGGAGCGAUGGAGCUACGAUGUGUUCUUAAGUUUCCGUGGACCAGAUGUGCGCAGCGGUUUCUUAAGCCAUCUCUACAAGAGUCUAGUGAGAUCUGGUAUAUACACAUUCAAGGACGAUAGAGAACUAGAGAUAGGAGAAAGCAUACCCCCGGAGCUGAUGAAGGCCAUUAAAAACUCCAAAAUUUACGUUGUUGUUUUAUCCGAGAGCUAUGCUUCAUCAUCGUGGUGCCUUGAUGAGCUCGUGCACAUUAUGCGGUGCUUGAAAAACGACCCCGGACACCUGGUAUUCCCAGUUUUCUACAAAAUUGAGCCGUCGCAUGUACGCAGACAAAGUGGACCAUUUGGUGAAUCCUUUCAUAAACACCGCAUAAUGUGCACGAGUCGAGAGAGCAAGUGGAAAGGGUAUCAGUGGAGGAAAGCUUUGACCAGUAUUGCAAAUUUGAAAGGGUAUCACAGUAGUAAUGGGGAUAGUGAUGCAGAAUUGAUCGACCAAUUGACUAGAGACAUUCUCCGAGUGUUGCCUAGUUCAUACUUGCAUUUACCAACAUAUGCCGUUGGUAUUAGACCACGUGUAGGUCGUAUCAAAGAGCUAAUGUGCUUUGGUUUGGAUGAUGUUCAGAUUAUUGGAAUCUGGGGAAUGGCUGGGAUUGGUAAAACAACGUUAGCCAAGGCUGCCUUUAACGAGUUCUCACAUCGUUUUGAAGGAAGAAGUUUCCUAGAAAACUUUAGAGAUUACUUCAAGAGACCUGAUGGGAAGCUUCAUCUUCAGAAGAAGCUUCUUUCGGAUAUCUUAAGGAAGGAUGAAGCUGCGUUCAACAACAUGGAUCAUGCGGUGAAACAAAGAUUUCGCAACAAAAGGGUACUUGUUGUAAUUGAUGAUGUUGAAGACAUAGUUCAGCUUCAUUCUGUCGGAAUAUAUUUGAGCUGUUUUGGUCCAGGAAGCAGGAUAAUCAUUACAACCAAGAACAAGCAUCUGUUAGAGCAGCUUGACGUAGAAAAUAUAUAUUCACCCAAGGAACUUAACGCUGAUGAAGCUCUUGAUCUUGUAAGCUGGCAUGCCUUUAGAAGCAGUGAACCUCCUGAAGAGUUUCUCCAGUUCCCGAAAAGAUUGGUUGAAUACUGUGGAGGACUACCCUUGGCUAUGGAAGUCUUGGGUGCUUUUCUCUACAAAAGAAGCGUUUCGGAGUGGAAAAGCACGUUGAAAGCGUUGAAAAGAAUACCGGAUGAUAACAUUCAAGCAAAGCUUCAGAUCAGCUUUGAUGCGCUAAACGCCUCGCAGAAAGACAUAUUCUUGGAUAUAUCUUGCUUCUUCAUUGGGAUGGAUAAAGACUAUGUAGAUUGCAUCUUGGAUGGAUGCGAAUUAGAGCCUGUCGCAGGACUCAAGGUGUUAAAGGAGAGGUGUCUCAUUACGAUCCAUGAUAACAGCCUGAUGAUGCAUGACUUACUACGAGACAUGGGAAGAUAUAUCGUCAAAGGAACAUCUCUGAGGAACUGUGAGAGAUGGAGUAGAUUGUGGGACCGGGAACAUGUUAUAGAUGUAUUGGCAAACUAUUCUGGAACAGAUGAAACUGAAGGACUUAGCUUGAAGGCUGACGUUACGGCUGUUGAGAACUUUGAGGUUAAAGCAUUUUCAAUUCUACGUAAGCUGAGACUGUUACAGCUCUGUCAUGUAGCACUCAACGGAAGCUAUGAAAACUUUCCAAAAGGUUUUCGAUGGCUUUGCUGGCUUGGGUUUCCUGAGGAAUCUUUCCCCAUAAACUUACAUUUGAGAAGUUUAGUUGUCAUGGACAUGCAGAAAAGCAACCUUAAACGACUUUGGAGUGAUCAGAAGCCUCAUGAGUCCCUUAAGGAGUUAAAAUACCUUGACCUCAGUCACUCUAUCCAGCUUACAGAGACUCCAGACUUCUCUUAUCUCCCAAACCUUGAGAAGCUGUUCUUGAUAAACUGUCAAAGAUUGGCUAAAGUUCACGAGUCCAUAAAGGUUCUUCAAGGAAGCCUGAUUCUAAUAAAUCUGAGUGGUUGCAUCAAGCUUGGUGAACUCCCGUUGGAACUCUAUACGUUGAAGUUGCUAGAAACCCUCAUUCUCUCCGGAUGCUCGCAGCUUGAGAGAUUGGAUGAUGCUUUAGGUGAACUAGAGUCCUUGACAAUUCUCAAAGCUGAUUAUACUGCUAUAACGCAAAUCCCUUCCUCGAGUGAUCAACUUAAGAAGCUGAAAGAGUUAUCUCUUCAUGGCUGCAAGGAGUUAUGGAAGCACAGACAGUACACCAACUCUGAUGAAAGCUCUCAAGUGGCUCUGUUAAGCCCGCUCUCAUUAAACGGUUUAAUCUGCUUAAGGACUUUGCGUUUAGGUUCCUGCAAUCUAUCUGAUGAGUUGGUUCCUGCAAAUCUUGGGAGUUUGUCUUCUCUUGAGGAACUUGACCUUCAAGGCAACAACUUUCGUAACUUGCAAACGGAUUUUGCUGGUCUUCCAAGUCUACAGAUUCUUAAAUUGGAUAAUUGCUCAGAACUUCGAUCCAUGUUUAGUUUACCAAAGAAGUUGAGGUCUUUAUACGCGAGAAACUGUACUGUGUUGGAAAGAACUCCAGACUUACUGGAGUGUUCGGUGUUGCAAUCACUGCACCUCACAAAUUGUUACAAUCUCGUUGAGACCCCAGGGCUGGAGGAACUGAAAACAGUUGGAGCCAUCCACAUGGAAAUGUGCAACAAUAUACCUUAUUCUGACAGAGAAAGAAUCAUGCAGGGAUGGGCUGUUGGUGCCAAUGGGGGAGUUUUUGUCCCGGGGUCGACCAUUCCAGAGUGGGUCAAUUUCAAGAAUGGGACACGUUCAAUCUCUUUUACUGUCCCUGAACCAACUUUAAAUUCUGUUCUGGUCGGGUUUACCGUGUGGACAACAUACGUGAGUCAACAAGAUGAUGUGAUGUCUGUAUACAUUCCAAAGAUCACAUUGAAGAAUCAAACCAAGGGAGAUGUGUGGAGCCGCAAUCCAGCAACAGAUCUCAUUCGUAUGUACCGUGAAAAACACAUCUGGCAAGGGCACUUUUCAAAUGAAGAUUUCUUGUUAGAAACAAGGGAUGAAGUGGAAGUUUCUGUGGAUUUUGGAGAUAAAGUCGCCAUUCUUGAGACAGGACUAACUCUUGCUUACAGGGAAGUCCCUGAAGUCCCAAUUGAACAACUGACUGAAACAGGUGAUGAAGUUGAUAAUGAACAACUGACUGAAACAGAUGAUGAAGUUGUCAUUGAUGAAAGCCAAAGAAGACCUCCCAGGAAAAUGGGAAUGGGUUUAAAGACACUUCUGGGGGCGUUUGGUUUGUUAGCAUUCAUUGUUGUUCUUGGAAAACAUGGUAGACCCCUGCGCCGCCACAACCACCUCCGCAGGAAUGAAGUUGAAAAGGAUAAGGAGAAAAAUGCCACACUCCCCAUUUUCUCUUUUUUAGAUUACUAGGUUUCAAAAUGGUUUCUUGAUCUAGCUAUUGAUUUCAGAUUGAUGGUUCUGAAUCUUAAUAGAACGCUUGCUGGUGUUAUUCUAGAAUGGCUUGGAUGGUGGAAUCAGAAUGAACAUUACAACAAGAAACAUGCACUUGUUUAAAGCAGCUUCAGUGGGAGAAAACAUCUACUCACUGAAGGAAUUUGUUGGUAAUGAAUCUCUCUUCAGUUCUUUCCCAUUUAGACAAACUAUUGUAGCAGAUUUUUACAAUUUUUACCUUAAGGUUUACUUUGUUGUGAAAUUGAUCAUCUACAUUUUACCUUUAAACGAUCCUCAAUGAAUACUAAUGAUGGCAAAAAGGUCAGAUGGCCUUGUAGGCAUUUGUUAAAGCAAGAGAGCAUUUUUUACAUUUUCUA